AUGUCUGACUUUGUUGCUUGGAAUAAUUUCAAAGCUAUGGUUGAUUAUUUCAAUUAUAUUUUGUCAAAUCAAGUCCAAGAUAUAAUCUCUAUUCAAACUAUUCCUUCUGAGACACACCCCAUCUCAAACCUCAUUCCUAAGAGAGCUAGAUCUCGACUUAGGAAAACUACAGAAGUCCAUAUUCGAAUUCCUGAUGAUGAGGUUCUUGAUGAACCUGUAGUAUCUCCCGGUCCAAUAAGGACUCCUCAUACUCGUAAUCGUGAACACCAAGAGGAUGUUAUUCUUGAAAAAGAUCUGAGGGCUAGUAAGAAGAAACUCCCCAUAACUGUUGCUCCUCCAUCUUCAGAGAUACUAUUUUUUGAUGAUGAUUUUCUUCUUAGUCAGGUUCUCCAUGGAAAAAGGGUUCAUGUAAAUCUCCCUCCUUUUGAUAUUCUACGAAGUGUUUCAAAUUAUACAAAGUAUCUGAAAGACAUAGUGGUAAACAAAAACCGGUUAACAGAGUAUGUUAUAGUUGCACUUACUGAGGAGUACACAUCUAAGAUACAGAACAAAUUACCCAUGAAAGUGAAGGAUCCAGGAAGUUUAAAUUUGCAGAUCACUAUUAGGCAGGCCAUCAGUGCUCGUGGAUUAUGUGACUUAGAAGUGAGCAUCAAUAUUAUGCCUACAUCUUGGUUUCAAAAGAUGGGUCUUGUAAGUCCCAAUCCCACGACCAUUAUUUUGCAGUUGGCUAAUAGGUUCCUUGUUACGUCGGAUGAUAUUAUUGAAGACGUAUUAGUGUAA